AUGAUUUACUAAAAGGUAGCAUUUUAGAAUCAAAUACACAAAGAGAUUAAAAUAAAUAAGUGGGAUUAAAUCUAAUUGUAAAUUGCAAAGAUAUCAAUUGAUAUCUUAUAUACACAAGAUAAUAAAAUCUUAUACUUACAGAAUGGGGAAAUUUUAAGAAAGUAAAAACAUUUAUUAUUGAUUAGUGAAUUUUUAUAUGAUGAUUAACAGGAUCCAGAUUUAUUGAUAAGUAUGAAAUAAAUCAAAAAUCUUUAAUGGUAAGGUAAGAUUGAAAAAAACAAAAAAAAAAUGGGAAAGUGGAUGGCUGUUUGGAAUGGGGAAGCUCUUAUAGACUUUUGUGGAUAUUAUGAAUUAGGGUUAAAGCAAGGCCUAUGGAAAGAAUUAAAUAAGAAUUAUUGGAGGUAUAUAUUUAUUAAGUAAUUUUAAUUAGUCAAGCAAAAAUAUCAGAAAGUGGAGAAUAUUUUAAUAAUUAAAAAAUUGGUGCAUGGAUAUAUUUAUAUGAAAAUAAAAAGAUGUUAUAUUAUUUAUAAAUUAAUUAGUGGAGGUGGAUCCUACAAUUCACAAGGUUUGAAGCAUGGUAAAUGGAUUGAUCUGUGUGAUUGGUUUUACGACUAUUCAUAAAUAACUUUUUAAGGUGAAUAUAAAAACGGUAAAAAGAUUGGUUAAUGGGAUUUUUACUGGAAUUGGAACUAAAAAAAUCGAUAAAUGUAAAAAUUAUUACAAACAUAUUUAGAGGUGGUGGUUAUUAUGGAGAUGAUGAAAUUAAAACUGGAAGAUGGAUAGAGCUAAAUGAUAGUUUUAGCUGGGUUUCAUAAGUCACUUAUAAUGGUGAAUAUAAAAAUGGUAUAAAAGUUGGUAGAUGGGAUAUUUGGUAUAAGAAGAAUUAUGGAACAAAUUAGAAUAUAUAGUUGUAAAAUUAUAUGAUUAGAUAUUAUGUAUAAAUCUUUAGUGGAGGCGGUUUAUAUGAUGAAGGAAAUAAAAAAGGGAGAUGGAUUGAAAUUAGUGAUAAUUUUGAUGGUGGAUAAUAAAUGACUUAUAAUGGUGAAUAUAAAUAAGGUAAAAAGGUUUGUCAAUGGGAUAUUUUAUGGAAUUUUUAUCAUUAAUAAUAUAGAUUGAUGUAAAUUUAAAUUAUUAAGAGUUUUAUGUACAAAUAUUGUUAGGGGCGGUGGAUUACAUGAUAAUGGAAUUAAAAUUGGAAAAUGGGUUGAGAUAAGUUAGGGGUUUAAGAUGUCUUCACAAAUCACUUAUAUAGGUGAAUACAAGAACGGUUCAAAAUUUGGUAGAUGGGAUACUUAUUGGGAUUGGAAUAAAAAUUUCCAGAUGUAAAAUAAUAAUUUUAUAAACAUGUGAGUGGUGGCGGAUCGUAUGAUAAUGCAGGUUAUGGGUUAAAAAUUGGGAAAUGGGUUGACUUAAGCGAUGAGUAUGAAGGUGUUUAGCAAGUAAUUUAUAAUGGUGAAUAUCAAAAUGGUUAAAAGGUUGGUAUAUGGGAUAUAUAAUAUAGGGAGACUGUAAAAGAUACUCUGUAAAAUAUGUAAAAUUCAAUAUUAUGCUUAUAAAUAUUUUAGUGGAGGUGGGCUAUUUGAUGAAGGGAUUAAAAUAGGGAGAUGGUAAGAUUUAAGUGAUGGAUUUAGAAUUGUUUCUUAAAUUACUUAUGAUGGUUAAUAUUAAAACGGUAAAAAAGUUGGUAGAUGGGAUAUUUAUUGGAGGCAUUAAAAAGAAAAUAAAUAAAUGUAAAAAAUACUAUUAAAUAAUAUUUAAAUACUCUAGUGGCGGUGGAUCAUAUGAUGAGGAAGGUGUUAAGGCUGGUCAAUGGAUAGAGUUGAUUGAAGGAUUUUAAAAUGCUAUUUAAAUAACUUAUUAAGGCGAAUAUAAAAAUGGUAAUAAAGUAGGUAGAUGGUAAUUUUUAUGGAAUAAUAAUGGAGAAAAUAAAUAAAUGUAAAUAUAAACUAUUAAUUAUAUUUUAAAUUUUCUAGUGGUGGGGGAUCAUAUGGUGAAAAAGGUGAUGGAGUUAAGGUUGGCAAAUGGGUUGAUUUAUGUGAGGGAUUUUGGAAUAGCAAAUAAAUAGCCUAUAAAGGCAAAUAUUAAAAUGGUAAAAAAGUUGAUAAAUGGGUUGAAUUAAGAAGAGAAUGGAAUUAAAAUGAAUUUUAAAAAAUUGGGGAAUUGAAAUAUUAUUCAUGA